GGGUCGGAGUAGCGAGACGGCUUUCUGCUGUAUAGACACAUGGAACUGCAUAAUCUCUAUAGGCAUCCCUUUAUACAAUUUAUUUUUACGAUUGUAAUGUAAUUUAUUAUAUCAUGAAGAAACCAAAACACAAGGAGAUACACGAAGAUACAGAUAGGAAAAAAAAAAACUGAUCAGGAUUUAUCGAUAAUUGCCGCAUGUAAAUUUUGCAAAUAUCCGUAUUUUCAUAUACGCAAUAAGAUUUUGUAAAUCGAUCGCUGCAAUUUUGAAGUAUGGCAGAUUCGUUUGAUAACAAUUCUUUGUAUGAUGCCAAUGAUGCCAAAGGAAUUGAUCCCGAAAUAGCGGGACUUCUGAUGGUCGAAAAGCAAAAAGCCCAACUCAAUGCACAGAUUCACGAGUUCAACGAUAUUUGUUGGGACAAAUGUGUGGAUAAACCAGGAAGUAAAUUGGAUGGACGUACAGAAACUUGUAUAAAUAAUUGUGUCAAUAGAUUUAUAGAUGUUUCUGUCUUUGUUACUAGUCGUUUUGGACAAUACAUAAAUGCUAUAGAAAAAUAAGAUUUUAUAGAACGCAUUGUUAAGGUAUACGAUUGUUUAAAAUUACAAUGAGCUAUAUGUAUAACAAUAGUAUCUUAAAAUUAUAAAAAAAUGAUAAAACUAUCUUUAUAUUUGUAAUUUAAUACUUAUAUGAAUAUAUAAUAAAAUAAUACAUAUA